ACACCAUUGAAGUGACAUGGCUGCCUCCACUCGGCAAUGUGGAAAAGUACAAGGUCAACUUGACCAGCAAUUAUGGAGACAACCAAACAAAGUUUCUCAACUCCAGCUUUCAGUCACAGUUAUUCAGUGGUCUGACACCUGGGAGAAAAUACACAGUCGUAGUGACCACAAUCAGUGGACCCUUUGCUGAAGACUCAGAGCCUGUUUCCUGUGCGACAUGGCCGUAUCCCAUCCUUGAGUUGAAUGCCACCACGAUCAACACAACGGUGGUGGUUCUGCACUGGCACAGACCCCAGGGGUACCAGCAGGGAUACUCAUACAUGGUGGAGACCUCCGGCUGUACUUCUGCCCCACGGAACCAGACAGAACAGGACUCCAUGGCCACCAUCACCGGCCUGACCCCAGGAACCAACUGCUCCUUUACCGUCUACUCCCAGGUCCAGAAUGGCAUUGAGGGAGAGCCUAUCUCUGUGUACCAGUACACAAAACCUGAAAGAGUGAACCCUGCCAUUCCAAACAGGGGUGCCAACGACACCAUUGAGGUGACGUGGCCUUCUCCACCUGGCAAUGUGGAAAAGUACAUGCUCAGCUUGACCAGCAAUUAUGGAGACAGCCAAACAAAGUUUCUCAACUCCAGCUUUCAGUCACAUUUAUUCAGUGGUCUGAGAGCUGGGAGAAACUACACAGUCGUAGUGACCACAAUCAGUGGACCCUUUGCUGAAGACUCAGAGCCUGUUUCCAAUGCAACAUAUCCUAAUCCACCUGGAGCUAUUCAUGCAGAAGGGCAGACCACUGAUUCCAUUACUAUCAGUUGGGGUCGGCCCCAAGGCAUGGACUUGGGCCAGUACAGUUUCAUCAUAUUCUAUCAACCCCAUCAAAAUGGUCAAAAUGAGACCACAAACAACAGGGCUGUAUUGGAGAACCUGACAUCCGGGACUCUGUACAACAUCUCGGUGGUGACCGUAGGUCCAAUGGAUUACCAGAGCUCUGCAGCCACUGCAGGAAUCUACACCAGGCCGUAUCCCAUCCUUGGGUUAAAUGCCACCACGAUCAACACAACGGUGGUGGUUCUGCACUGGCACAGGCCCCAGUGGUACCAGCAGGGAUACUCGUACAGGGUGGAGACCUCCGGCUGUACUUCUGCCACACGGAACCAGACAGAACAAGACUCCAUGGCCACCAUCACCGGCCUGACCCCAGGAACCAACUGCUCCUUUACCGUCUACUCCCAGGUCCAGAAUGGCAUUGAGGGAGAGCCCAUCUCUGUGUACCAGUACACAAAACCUGAAAGAGUGAACCCUGCCAUUCCAAACAGGGAUACCAACGACACCAUUGAGGUGACAUGGCUGUCUCCACCUAGCAAUGUAGAAAAGUACAUGCUCAGCUUGACCAGCAAUUAUGGAGAGAACCAAACAAAGUUUCUCAACUCCAGCUUUCAGUCAUGGUUAUUCAGUGGCCUGGCAGCUGGGAGAAUCUACACAGUCGUAGUGACCACAAUCAGUGGACCCUUUGCUGAAGACUCAGAGCCUGUUUCCAAUGCAACAUAUCCUAAUCCACCUGGAGCUAUUCAUGCAGAAGGGCAGACCACUGAUUCCAUUACUAUCAGUUGGGGUAGGCCCCAAAGCUUGGACUUGGGCCAGUACAGUUUCAUCAUAUUCUAUCAACCCCAUCAAAAUGGUCAAACUGAGACCACAAACAACAGGGCUGUAUUGGAGAACCUGACAUCCGGGACUCUGUACAACAUCUCGGUGGUGACCGUAGGUCCAAUGGAUUACCAGAGCUCUGCAGCCACUGCAGGAAUCUACACCAGGCCGUAUCCCAUCCUUGGGUUAAAUGCCACCACGAUCAACACAACGGUGGUGGUUUUGCACUGGCACAGACCCCAGGGGUACCAGCAGGGAUACUCGUACAGGGUGGAGACCUCCUGCUGUAUGCCUACCCCACGGAUCCAGACAGAGCAAAACUCCAUGGCCACCAUCACCGGCCAAAACUCCAUGGCCACCAUCACCGACCUGACCCCAGGAACCAACUGCUCCUUUACCGUCUACUCCCAGGUCCAGAAUGGCACUGAGGGAGAGCCCAUCUCUGUGUACCAGUACACCAAACCAGAAAGAGUGAACCCUACCAUUCCAAACAGGGGUGCCAAUGACACCAUUGAGGUGACAUGGCUGUCUCCACCUGGCAAUGUGGAAAAGUAUAUGCUCAGCUUGACCAGCAAUUAUGGAGACAACCAAACAAAGUUUCUCAACUCCAGCUUUCAGUCACAUUUAUUCAGUGGUCUGAGAGCUGGGAAAAUCUACACAGUCAUAGUGACCACAAUCAGUGGACCCUUUGCUGAAGACUCAGAGCCUGUUUCCAAUGCAACAUAUCCAAACGCUCCUGGUCCAAUCAUGGUCACAGACAAGACCACAGAUUCAGUCGCCAUAGAGUGGACGCCGGCUCCCGGCAUGGACCGUGGCUCUUUCUCUUACCAUGUGACCUACGGCUCGUCAGCACAUGACCUUGAAUCACGUGACACUGACCUCAAUGAGUUAACUGUUGUUGGCCUGGUUUCUGGAACUCCGUACAACAUCUCUGUGGCCACAGUCGGCCUGUUCCAGUACACGAGUCAGCCCGUGCUCCGCUUCGUUACGACAAGACCAGAGAGGGUUCAGGGCCUUCAACAAUCCUCGACCACCGUUGACAUGAUCAGCAUAGCAUGGCAGCGGCCUGUUGGGUUCAGACCCGGGUACUCUUACGACGUGACGGUGCGGAACAGCACAGGCCAUCUCAUCAGGAAUGGAAGCACCUCACAACUGUCUCAUGACUCGACGGGGCUGUCUCCCGGCAACCGCUACACUUUCGGGGUGACCCCCCGGACGUCCGACGGAACACUGGGCUCUCCCGUGACCAUUCCCGUCUGUACGGAUGCAUCUCCCGUUGUCAUCUUCAAAUGUGACGGACCCAACGGCACUGGCCCCGUGCUGAACCUAACGUGGAACAGUCCCGAAGGCGCGAACGAAGGAUUCCGUUUGACCUGGGGGGACACUGGAAGCGUGACCCUUCCCCCCUGCACAGGCAACUGCAGCCACAACAUCGAGAACCUCUCGUACUACACCCGGUACCAACUGCGCAUAACGACGCUUGGCUGUGGGAAAACCAGCAGUGUCCACAAAACUGACUGCCAGACGGGCAUCACAGAGCCUGAAAGAGUGAGCCCUGCAGUUUCAAACAGAGGCACCAGUGACACCAUUGAGGUCACAUGGCUUUCUCCACCUGGCAAUGUGGAAAAGUACAAGGUCAGCUUGACCAGCAAUUAUGGAGACAACCAAACAAAGUUUCUCAACUCCAGCUUUCAGUCACAGUUAUUCAGUGGUCUGGCAGCUGGGAGAAACUACACAGUCGUAGUGACCACAAUCAGUGGACCCUUUGCUGAAGACUCAGAGCCUGUUUCCAAUGCAACAUAUCCCAAUCCACCGGGAGCUAUUCAUGCAGAAGGGCAGACCACUGAUUCCAUUACUAUCAGUUGGGGUUGGCCCCAAGGCAUGGACUUGGGCCAGUACAGUUUCAUCAUAUUCUAUCAACCCCAUCAAAAUGGUCAAAAUGAGAGCACAAACAACACGGCUGUAUUGGGGAACCUGACAUCCGGGACUCUGUACAACAUCUUGGUGGUGACCGUAGGUCCAAUGGGCUACCACAGCUCUGCAGCCACUGCAGGAAUCUACACCAAACCUGAAAGAGUGAGCCCUGCAGUUUCAAGCAGAGGCACCAGUGAUACCAUUGAGGUCACAUGGCGUUCUCCACUCGGCAAUGUGGACAAGUACAAGGUCAGCUUGACCAGCAAUUAUGGAGACAACCAAACAAAGUUUCUCAACUCCAGCUUUCAGUCACAGUUAUUCAGUGGUCUGGCAGCUGGGAGAAACUACACAGUCGUAAUGACCACAAUCAGUGGACCCUUUGCUGAAGACUCAGAGCCUGUUACCAGUGCAACAUAUCCUAAUCCACCUGGAGCUAUUCAUGCAGAAGGGCAGACCACUGAUUCCAUUACUAUCAGUUGGGGUCGGCCCCAAAGCUUGGACUUGGGCCAGUACAGUUUCAUCAUAUUCUAUCACUCCCAUCAAAAUGGUCAAAAUGAGACCACAAACAACACGGCUGUAUUGGAGAACCUGACAUCCGGGAGUCUGUACAACAUCUCGGUGGUGACCGUAGGUCCAAUGGGCUACCACAGCUCUGCAGCCACUGCAGGAAUCUACACCAGGCCGUAUCCCAUCCUUGGGUUAAAUGCCACCACGAUCAACACAACGGUGGUGGUUUUGCACUGGCACAGGCCCCAGGGGUACCAGCAGGGAUACUCAUACAGGGUGGAGACCUCCUGCUGUAUGCCUACCCCACGGAACCAGACAGAGCAAAACUCCAUGGCCACCAUCACCGACCAAAACUCCAUGGCCACCAUCACCGACCUGAUUCCAGGCACCAACUGCUCCUUUACCGUCUACUCCCAGGUCCAGAAUGGCAUUGAGGGAGAGCCCAUCUCUGUGUACCAGUACACAAAGCCUGAAAGAGUGAGCCCUGCAGUUUCAAACAGAGGCACCAAUGACACCAUUGAGGUCACAUGGAAGCCUCCACUUGGCAUUGUGGAAAAGUACAUGGUCAACUUGACCAGCAAUUAUGGAGACAAUCAAUCAAAGGUUGUCAGCUACCUCCUUCCGUCACCGUUAUUCAGUGGUCUGACACCUGGGAGAAAAUACACAGUCGUAGUGACCACAAUCAGUGGACCCUUUGCUGAAGACUCAGAGCCUGUUUCCAAUGCAACAUAUCCUAAUCCACCUGGAGCUAUUCAUGCAGAAGGGCAGACCACUGAUUCCAUUACUAUCAGUUGGGGUAGGCCCCAAGGCAUGGACUUGGGCCAGUACAGUUUCAUCAUAUUCUAUCAACCCCAUCAAAAUGGUCAAAAUGAGACCACAAACAACACGGCUGUAUUGGAGAACCUGACAUCCGGGACUCUGUACAACAUCUCGGUGGUGACCGUAGGUCCAAUGGGCUACCACAGCUCUGCAGCCACUGCAGGAAUCUACACCAGGCCGUAUCCCAUCCUUGGGUUAAAUGGCACCACGAUCAACACAACGGUGGUGGUUCUGCACUGGCACAGGCCCCAGGGGUACCAGCAGGGAUACUCAUACAGGGUGGAGAACUCCUGCUGUAUGCCUACCCCACGGAACCAGACAAAGCAAAACUCCAUGGCCACCAUCACCAACCUGAUUCCAGGCAUCAACUGCUCCUUUACCGUCUACUCCCAGGUCCAGAAUGGCGUUGAGGGAGAGCCCAUCUCUGUGUACCAGUACACAAAGCCUGAAAAAGUGAGCCCUGCAGUUUCAAACAGAGGCACCAAUGACACCAUUGAGGUGACAUGGCUGCCUCCACUCGGCAAUGUGGAAAUGUACAUGGUCAACUUGACCAGCAAUUAUGGAGACAAUCAAACAAAGGUUGUCAACUCCAGCUUUCUGUCACCGUCAUUCAGUGGUCUGACACCUGGGAGAAACUACACAGUCGUAGUGACCACAAUCAGUGGACCCUUUGCUGAAGACUCAGAGCCUGUUUCCAAUGCAACAUAUCCCAAUCCACCGGGAGCUAUUCAUGCAGAAGAGCAGACCGCUGAUUCCAUUACUAUCAGUUGGGGUAGGCCCCAAGGCAUGGACUUGGGCCAGUACCGUUUCAUCAUAUUCUAUCAAGCCCAUCAAAAUGGUCAAACUGAGACCACAAACAACACGGCUGUAUUGGAGAACCUGACAUCCGGGACUCUGUACAACAUCUCGGUGGUGACCGUAGGUCCAAUGGGCUACCACAGCUCUGCAGCCACUGCAGGAAUCUACACCAGGCCGUAUCCCAUCCUUGGGUUGAAUGCCACCACGAUCAACACAACAGUGGUGGUUUUGCACUGGCACAGACCCCAGGGGUACCAGCAGGGAUACUCAUACAGGGUGGAGACCUCCUGCUGUAUGCCUACCCCAUGGAACCAGACAGAGCAAAACUCCAUGGCCACCAUCACCGACCUGAUUCCAGGCACCAACUGCUCCUUUACCGUCUACUCCCAGAUCCAGAAUGGCGUUGAGGGACAGCCCAUCUCUGUGUACCAGUACACAAAGCCUGAAAGAGUGAGCCCUGAAGUUUCAAGCAGAGGCACCACUGACACCAUUGAUGUCAAAUGGAUGCCUCCACUUGGCAUUGUGGAAAAGUACAUGGUCAACUUGACCAGCAAUUAUGGAGACAAUCAAACAAAGGUUGUCAACUCCAGCUUUCUGUCACCGUCAUUCAGUGGUCUGACACCUGGGAGAAACUACACAGUCGUAGUGACCACAAUCAGUGGACCCUUUGCUGAAGACUCAGAGCCUGUUUCCAAUGCAACAUAUCCCAAUCCACCUGGAGCUAUUCAUGCAGAAGAGCAGACCACUGAUUCCAUUACUAUCAGUUGGGGUAGGCCCCAAGGCAUGGACUUGGGCCAGUACAGUUUCAUCAUAUUCUAUCAACCCCAUCAAAAUGGUCAAAAUGAGACCACAAACAACACGGCUGUAUUGGGGAACCUGACAUCCGGGACUCUGUACAACAUCUCGGUGGUGACCGUAGGUCCAAUGGAUUACCAGAGCUCUGCAGCCACUGCAGGAAUCUACACCAGGCCGUAUCCCAUCCUUGGGUUAAAUGCCACCACGAUCAACACAACGGUGGUGGUUUUGCACUGGCACAGACCCCAGGGGUACCAGCAGGGAUACUCAUACAGGGUGGAGACCUCCUGCUGUAUGCCUACCCCACGGAACCAGACAGAGCAAAACUCCAUGGCCACCAUCACCGACCAAAACUCCAUGGCCACCAUCACCGACCUGAUUCCAGGCAUCAACUGCUCCUUUACCGUCUACUCCCAGGUCCAGAAUGGCGUUGAGGGAGAGCCCAUCUCUGUGUACCAGUACACAAAGCCUGAAAGAGUGAGCCCUGAAGUUUCAAGCAGAGGCACCACUGACACCAUUGAUGUCAAAUGGAUGCCUCCACUUGGCAUUGUGGAAAAGUACAUGGUCAACUUGACCAGCAAUUAUGGAGACAAUCAAACAAAGGUUGUCAACUCCAGCUUUCUGUCACCGUUAUUCAGUGGUCUGACACCUGGGAGAAACUACACAGUCGUAGUGACCACAAUCAGUGGACCCUUUGCUGAAGACUCAGAGCCUGUUUCCAAUGCAACAUAUCCUAAUCCACCUGGAGCUAUUCAUGCAGAAGGGCAGACCACUGAUUCCAUUACUAUCAGUUGGGGUUGGCCCCAAGGCAUGGACUUGGGCCAGUACAGUUUCAUCAUAUUCUAUCAACCCCAUCAAAAUGGUCAAACUGAGAGCACAAACAACACGGCUGUAUUGGAGAACCUGACAUCCGGGAGUCUGUACAACAUCUCGGUGGUGACCGUAGGUCCAAUGGGCUACCAGAGCUCUGCAGCCACUGCAGGAAUCUACGCCAAACCUGAAAGAGUGAGCCCUGCAGUUUCAAACAGAGGCACCAAUGACACCAUUGAGGUCACAUGGCGUUCUCCACUCGGCAAGGUGGAAAAGUACAAGGUCAACUUGACCAGCAAUUAUGGAGAUAACCAAAUAAAGUUUCUCAGCUCCAGCUUUCAGUCACAGUUAUUCAGUGGUCUGGCAGCUGGGAGAAAAUACACAGUCAUAGUGACCACAAUCAGUGGACCCUUUGCUGAAGACUCAGAACCUGUUACCAGUGCAACAUAUCCAAACGCUCCUGGUCCAAUCACGGUCACAGACAAGACCACAGAUUCAGUCGCCAUAGAGUGGACGCCGGCUCCCGGCAUGGACCGUGGCUCUUUCUCUUACCAUGUGACCUACGGCUCGUCAGCACAUGACCUUAAAUCACAUGACACUGACCCUGACCUCAAUGAGUUAACUGUUCGUGGCCUGGUUUCCGGAACUCCAUACAACAUCUCUGUGGCCACAGUCGGCCUGUUCCAGUACGCGAGUCAGCCGGUGCUCCGCUUAGUUACGACAAGACCAGAGAGCGUUCAGGGCCUUCAACAAUCCUCGACCGCCGUUGACAUGAUCAGCAUAGCAUGGCAGCGGCCUGUUGGGUUCAGACCCGGGUACUCUUACGACGUGACGGUACAGGACAGCACAGGCCAUCUCAUCAGGAAUGGAAGCACCUCACAACUGUCUCAUGACUCGACGGGGCUGUCUCCCGGCAACCGCUAUACUUUCGAGGUGACCUCCCGGACGUCCGACGGAACACUGGGCUCUCCCGUGACCAUUCCCGUCUGUACGGAUGCGUCUCCCGUUGUCAUCUUCAAAUGUGACGGACCCAACGGCACUGACCCCGUGCUGAACCUAACGUGGGACAGUCCCGAAGGCGCUAACAAAGGAUUCAUUUUGAACUGGGGGGACACUGGGAGCGUGACCCUUCCCCCCUGCACAGGCAACUGCAGACACACCAUCGAAAACCUCUCGUACUACACCCGGUACCAAGUGCACAUAACGACCAAUGGCUGUGGGAAAACCAGCAGUGUCCACAAAACUGACUGCCAGACGGGCAUCACAGCUCCACCUGAACCAAGCAGAAGCACUGGGUUUGCCGUCCUAAAAAAGAAGCAUAAUAUGUUUUUUCUGAAAUUCAACUCGAGCAUAUUAAAUAGUGCAAACGGACCAAUUGUGGCUUAUGGUAUACUAAUGACAUCGAAUUUGAAAGAGUUUUCUAACGAAAACAACGUUGGUUUACAAAAAUACCUCAAUAAAACCCACGAUGACUGGACAAAAGAUGAAAGUGUCCCUUAUCUGGCAACCGCACGAACUCGAAAUGAGAAACCUGAGUUUGUGGUGGAGAUAGGAACGGGUUCGAGGUGGAACGGAUACACCAACGGACCGCUCUCGGCCAGGACAACUUACAGAUUUGCGUUAGUGAUGUUUACCCGCGUUGCACUAGCAAAUGAAUUGGUUGACGCAUCACGAUCCUUGUUCUCAAUAUCUAAGUUUUUUGACGAAGAUGUCGCCCUUCCAGAAAAUCCAACGGUUAUUACGGUGGGGGCAUUGGCAGGAGCGCUGUCCGCAGUAACCUGUUUCACAGCCAUUGCAGCCGUGGUCUACUGGAAGAAAGCUGCCAGGAAGACACCUGUAGACAUCCCUAUCGAGUCCAUGAGAUGUGUGUGUAUGUGUGUGCAUAUGCGCGCGUGUGUGAGAGAGAGAAAGAGUCCUAGAGUAUUAGACAGUACUCACUGUGCUUUCUUCUUCUGCAGUGGUGCCCCUGUGCGAGUGGAGGACUAUGAGGCGUACCACCGGAGGCAAAGUGCCAAUUCCAACUGCGGCUUUGCCAGAGAAUAUGAGGAGCUGAAGCCUGUCGGCAUCGGCCAGUGCAAGGUUAGCGCAGAGGCCCCGGAAAACAAGGGAAAAAACCGCUACACCAACGUCCUCCCGUACGAAUCCUCACGAGUCAAGCUGUCGAUCCAGGGAAGUCCGUACGACGACUACAUCAACGCCAGCUAUGUCCCGGGGUACAACUGCAAGAAGGAGUUCAUCGCGGCCCAGGGUCCUCUGCCCGGCACGGUGGACGAGUUCUGGCGGAUGCUCUGGGAGAAGAACGUCCGCACGCUGGUCAUGCUGACCAGGUGCAACGAACAGGGACGGGUGAAAUGUGAAGAAUACUGGCCUUCCCGGACCCAACAUUUUAAAAACAUCUUCGUGACAACCACGUCUGUAGUCCCAUUGGAGGACUGGACCGUCAGAGACUUUGAUGUCAAAAAUGUGAAGACGGCAGAGACGCGCUCUCUGCGCCAGUUCCACUUCACAGCCUGGCCCGACCACGGGGUCCCGGAGUCCACCGAACUGCUCAUCGACUUCCGCCACUUGGUGCGGGAGCACAUGGACCUGGUCUCCCGAAACUCCCCCACCGUGGUGCACUGCAGUGCGGGAGUGGGCCGGACGGGCACCAUGAUCGCCAUCGACCACCUCCUCUUCCAGAUCGAGAGGGACAGCAUGGUGGACCUGUACGGAACCGUGUACAGCAUGCGGAUGCACCGGGCCCUCAUGGUCCAAACCGAGGACCAGUACGUGUUCCUGCACAAGUGUGCCUUGGACAUCAUCAAAUCGAGGACGGGGACCAACGUGGACCUGAUUUAUCAGAACGUAGCAGCGGUGGAUAUUUACGAGAACGUUGCGACCAUAAAGGGGGCGGCAGGGGUCUCAAGACCAUAGCCUUCGCCCGAAACCUUCCAUCUCCACGCCCUGUAGCACAGAAUCCUCCUGCCUAAUGAUCUUGAAGAUUUAAGGAAAAAUAUUUUAUGUCUUUUAUACAGAAAGUUUAUAUAAGUAUAUUUUUUAAUGAAUCAGAAUUGUUAAUUCUUUCAGUUAAAAUUUUUAAGUUGAAAAUUUAUUUUGGCAGACUUUUCAGGUAAACAAUAUGCAAUAGUUUUGAUAGUGGAAACUGUGCAAAAAAUACUGUAUGCAUUAAGCUUUGCACAUUCCUUGUAAUGAAGAAACAGGCUAUUUUCUAAAUUGGUAUUUUUGUGCUUAUGAAACAAUGUUUCUGAUGCAUUUCAGAUUGUUUCAGUACCACUAAUCAGGAUAAAUAUAUGGCUAUUUACGCAAUGUUUUUUUUUUGUGAAUACAGGAUAAGAUUUUAUAAAUAUCCUACUGAAACAAAUUUAAGUACACAAGCACACACAAACACACACACUGCACAUAAACACACACACGCACAGAUACACACACACUGCACAUAAACACACACAGACGCACACACAGACAUACACACACAUCCUGAAAAAUGUUGCACUCAGGACAUGGUUUUUCUUUCUUAGGGCUGGUAGGCAGGUUGCCAUUCGUUUUAAAAAUAAACUUUGUGAUAUUUAUGUCACCACAAACCUGUCAUCAGGUUAUGUGGUUAUGUUUUUCUUUCCCUCAUAUGCUUCAGAAGCAGAGCACUUAAUUUCAGUUUCCCGCGAUAGCUGUGCUCAUAUGGUCUGCCCUGCACUGGUACUGUGACGUCUAGGCCCUGGCACACCAGUCAGGUUCUUCAGUGGCCAUUUUGUUUGUGUUUCUUACUUGGGGGUUCGGGGUGGGGGAGGGGGGUGUAGGGUUUUUUUGUCAGAGCACUGUGGAAAUCUGACACACAGUGAAGUGAUCUGCACCAGAAUCAGGGGCCUUGUGAACGUUUAGGUUCCGCAAAGAGUACGUGUUUCCAUUUGACACGGCAGCUGUUGAGAGCGAAUGUAUAGCACAGUACAAAAAUCCAUGCUGGAAUUUUCAGUGUAGUACAAUGUGAUGCGUGUUCAGAUCAUCAAUAUGUCUAAUAUGGUAUGAGAUGAUUUGCUGAAUUUUAAAUUGUUUUGUUUUAAGUUUUUUGUUUAUAUUUUAAUUUCAACCUAUUCUCAGCACUGUUUGACUGAAUGCACUGGUUGCAUAUUUUAUGCAUUUUUGACUGUAUUAGUAACUAACUUUUCGAUUUCUAUUUUUGAUUUUUACAUGAGGAACAUUAGAGUUCCUUUUUUAAUAUAGUCACAGCAGAGUGACUCUGUGUAAAUUAAAUAAUUGUUGCUACACGCUGUUGAAAUGUCAUUUUUGCUUUGUUUAUAAGCUGACCCUGUUGGCUUCUUGCGCAUAUAUCUACUUGGGGUUUGUGACCCCCCUCAAAGACGGCUCAGCAGAGGAAGGUCAAAGGGCAUAGGUCAAUUCAUGUCGUGGACCUUCCAGAAAACUGCCUCAGUCUUUUUUUCUUUUUUUCCUCAUUGUGUUUGUUAGAAGUGAAAUUACCAGUCAGAACACAAAGAAAAUGGCUGAAGUAAGAUGCAGGUAAACCCUACCUAUACCUCAGGUACAGUGCUGAGAUAAUGCGCUAUCAUAACUGAGCUGUGAUAUUAAAGUUGAGUGCUUAUUAAACUGCUGAAGUACCAGCUGCUGAUGUGGGCAGGGGUGUUGGCUGUUUUUAUUGGUUCUGUAUGUUCAGUGCAUGCAUCAGUACCGAUUGCUCAGUUUGCCCACAAAAAAAAAAAAGUAAAAAGUUAAUUUUACAGUAAUGCGGUAACAGGCUGUGUAUCUGAGGAGUGUUAAAUGUAUUACGGUGUUUCGCGGUAAAUAAAACAAUUAUUUACAUUUUA